UCGGGGUACAAAUAUGUAGCAGCAGGAGCAGUAAAAGUGGGUUGUAAUCCACAGCAACACAACAGUCUCAUAGUGGGAUAUUCUUCCAUGACUUGGUUUUAGUGGAUCUCUGUUGCUGUUGACGUCUUCCUGCUUCAUCUAGCGGACAAUCAGAAUAAUGCGUACGCCAGCAGGGGCCUGUUGGGGUGCCAGGCCACGAUGAAGGUUGGAGAAUCACAUUGCACCUCCCACAACUUCGCCCCUGUUUCAACUUCAGCGAUGUCUAUGAAGUGAUCCUCUGAAGCUGAGGCCAACAUCUUGCCAUCAUGGCUGAAACUCGGUGUCCUCACAGGCCAGUCAAACCUGGAGAAACAGCAGACACACACUAGCUCCUCUGUGUUCCAGAGGCUGACCAGGGCGUAGGCACUUCCUGUAGUGAAGUAAGAGCCAGUGGGAUCGAACUUGAUGCCGAUACAGUUGGAUGGAUGGGCGCUGAUGGGCUGAAUGGGCUUCAGCUCUGGGUAACUGAGAAUAUUGAUAUGAAGACAGGUCUGUUUGACUUGAUGUGGACCUGAGUUCACCAGUGGUACCCAGACAGAACCAACAGCAGCCAACAGGUUAUAGUGUGUUGUCUCUCCUCAUUCUGUUGGUCUACACUCUGCUAUGAAUGUGUCUGAGGGGAGAGAGGAGGGAGGUCCUACCUCUAAAACCACUCUGUCUGGGGAACAUGGCAGCCAGACCAAAGCUAAGAGCCCAGUCCAGCAGGAGAGACCAGACUCCCCUGUACCCAGCUGUGUGUCCAUCAAGGGUGACCACUCUAUUAAUCUAUUAAUUUCAAAGAUGGACACCACUCUACUGAACAGAGCAGGAUCCAUCAGGAGAGACCAGACUCCCCUGUACCCGGUGUGUGUCCAUCAAGAGUGACUGGUCUAUGAAUCCACCUCUUAGAUUCAAAGAUGGACACCACUCUACUGAGCAGAGAGACCACCAGGAGAGGUCAGAGGUUCUCAGUGGUCAGUCUGUCCAGGAGCAUCAAACAGACCUGGACUCCAUAUUUAUGCUGCUCGAGGAGAACAUUGUCACUUUUGUGAAGAAGGAGCUGAAGAGGUUCCAGAAGGAUCUGAGUCCAGAUUACCCAGAGUGCUUAGAGAGACAGAGGGAGGAGGAAGAGGAGCAGAGGAGGAGUCCCAGAGAGGCACUUCUGAAGAUCACACUGCACUUCCUGAGGAGUAUGAAGCAGGAGGAGCUGGCUGACUCUCUGGAGAGCAAAACCCUUGUUACCUUGUGCCGGAGUAACCUCAAAGCAGCUCUGAAGGAGAAGUUUCAGUGUUUGUUUGAGGGUGUUGCUAAACCAGGAGAGUCAACACUUCUGAAUCAGAUCUACACAGAGCUCUACAUCACAGAGGGAGGCAGCGGAGAGGUCAAUAAUGAACAUGAGGUCAGACAGAUUGAAACAGCAUCCAGGAAACCAGCGAGACCAGAAACACCGAUCAAAUGGGAAGACAUCUUUAAAACCUUACCUGGACAAGAUAAACCAAUCAGAUCAUUGAUGACAAGGGGAGUGGCUGGCAUCGGGAAAACAGUCUUAACACAGAAGUUCACUCUGGACUGGGCUGAAGACAAAACCAACCACAAUAUACACUUCACAUUUCCAUUCACCUUCAGAGAGCUGAAUGUGCUGAAAGAUAAAGAGUUCAGCUUGGUGGGACUUCUUCAUCACUUCUUUAUUGAAACCAAAGAAGCAGGAAUCUGCAGCUUUGACCAGUUCCAAGUUGUGUUCAUCUUUGAUGGUCUGGAUGAGUGUCGACUUCCUCUGGACUUCCUGAACAAUGAGAUCUGGACUGAUGUCACAAAGUCCACCUCAGUGGAUGUGCUGCUGACAAACCUCAUCAAGGGGAAACUGCUUCCCUCUGCUCGCCUCUGGAUAACCACACGACCUGCAGCCGCCAACCAGAUCCCUCCUAAGUGGGUUGACAUGGUAACGGAGGUGGGAGGGUUCACUGAUCCACAGAAGGAGGAGUACUCCAGGAAGAGAUUCAGAGAUGAGGAGCAGGCCAGAAGAAUCAUCUCACACAUCAAGACAUCACGAAGCCUCCACAUCAUGUGUCACAUCCCAGUCUUCUGUUGGAUCAAUGCUACAGUUCUGGAUCAUGUGUUGAGAACAAAUGAGAGAGUAGAGAUGCCCAAGACCCUGACUGAGAUGUACAUCCACUUCCUGGUGGUUCAGUCCAUCCAGGGGACUGUGAAGUAUCAUGGGAGAUCUGAAACAGAGCCACACUGGAAUACAGAGAGCAGGAAGAUGAUUGAGUCUCUGGGAAAACUGGCCUUUGAACAGCUGGAGAAAGGCAACCUGAUCUUCUAUGAAGCAGACCUGACAGAGUGUGGCAUUGAUAUCAGAGCAGCCUCAGUAUAUUCAGGAGUGUUCACACAGAUCUUUAAAGAGGAGUGUGGGCUGUACCAGGACAAGGUUUUCUGCUUUGUCCAUCUGAGCAUUCAAGAGUUUCUGGCUGCUCUUUAUGUCUUUCUCUCAUUCAUCAAUGAUGGAGUCAAUCUGCUGUCAGCAACACAGUCAACCUCCAACUGGCUUAAACUAUUUAGAUAUAAACCAGACCUCUACCAGACAGCACUGGACAAGGCGUUAGAGAGUCCAAACGGACAUCUGGACUUGUUCCUGCGCUUCCUCCUGGGCCUCUCACUGAAACCCAAUCAGAAUCUCCUACGAGGCCUGCUGGGAAAGACAGGAAGUAAGUCACAGACCAAUCAGCAAACAGUCCGGUACAUCCAGAAGAAGAUCAGGGAGGAUCUCUCUCCAGAGAGAAGCAUCAAUCUGUUCCACUGUCUGAAUGAACUGAAUGACCAUUCUCUAGUGGAGGAGAUCCAACAGUACCUGACAUCAGGAAGACUCUCCACAGACCGACUCUCUCCUGCUCUGUGGUCAGCUCUGGUCUUCAUCUUACUGUCUUCAGAAGAGGAGCUGGACGUGUUUGACCUGAAGAAAUACUCUUCUUCAGAGGAGGGUCUUCUGAGGCUGCUGCCAGUGGUCAAAGCCUCCUAUACAGCUCUGUUGAGUUCCUGUAAUCUGUCAGACAGAAGCUGUGAAGUUGUGUCCUCAGUUCUCAGCUCCAACUCCUCUAGUGUGAGAGAGCUGGACCUGAGUCACAAUGAUCUGCAGGAUUCAGGAGUGAAGCUGCUCUCUGCUGGACUGGGGAGUCCACAAUGUAGACUGGAAACUCUCAGGUUGAGUUUCUGUAAUCUGUCAGACAGAAGCUGUGAAGUUGUGUCCUCGGUUCUCAGCUCCACCUCUAGUGUGAGAGAGCUGGACCUGAGUAACAAUGAUCUGCAAGACUCAGGAGUGAAGCUGCUCUCUGCUGGACUGGGGAGUCCACAAUGCAGACUGGAAACUGUCAGGCUGUCAGGCUGGCUGGUCACAGAGGAAGGUGUUUCUUCUCUGCUCUCAGCUCUGAGCUCCAACCCCUCCCAUCUGAGAGAGCUGGACCUGAGCUACAACCAGCCAGGAGACUCAGGAGGGAAGCUGCUCUCUGCUGGACCGGAGGAUCCACACUGGAGACUGAACACUCUCAGGUUGGACCAUGCUGGAGUGUGCUGGUUGACACCAGGAGUGAGGAAGUAUGCCUGUGAACUCACACUGGACCCAAACACAGCACACAGAGACCUCCUUCUGUGUGAGGACAACAGAAAGGUGACAUGGGGGAGAGAGGAGCAGUCGUAUCCUGAUCAUACAGACAGAUUUGACCUCUGGAGACAGGUUCUAUGUAGAGAGAGUCUGACUGACCGCUGUUACAUGGAGGUACAGUGGAAAGGAGAUGUUUAUAUAGGAGUGACUUACAGAGGAAUCAGAAGGAGAGGAGGAGGUGAUGACUCUCUGCUUGGGUAUAAUGAAAAGUCAUGGAGUCUGUCCUGCUAUAGUGAUGUAUACAGAGCCUGGCAUAAUAAAAGAGAAACACAGAUACGUAUCUCCUCCCCCUCCUCUUACAGAGUAGGAGUGUAUCUGGACUGGUCUGCUGGAACUCCGUCCUUCUACAGAGUCUCCUCUGACACACUGACACACCUCCACACCUUCACCUCCACAUUCACUGAACCUCUCCAUGUUGUGUUUGUGUUGUGGUCACCUGGCUCCUCAGUGUGUGUGUGUUAGAUAGAGGAGGUAGAGAUGCCUCCUGUGUCCUGGAGGAACACUCACACUCCUUCCCAAACACACCUGCUGACAUGAUAGAUCACUCUGUACACACACACACACACACACACACAAAUACAGACAGUGUGACCAAAGAUAUGUGUUUUGUGGUUGUAAUAGUUGUGUGGUGUGUUUAAUGUGUGUUGGGUGUAUGCUUCAUUGAUCAGUUUCUGCAUUUUAUUCAUGCUUAUAUUCUUAUAUUUACAUUGUUUAUGUUCCCUAUGUUUAUGUAAGCUUUAUGCCUAUAUUUGAUAUGUUGUCUUCUAAUGUAAAGCACACUGAGCUUACUUGGAA